GUAAGUCAAUGGUAUGAAUAUAGAUUCGGUCUUCCUACGAUCUCUGUUUACAUACGUCCAACCAUACUAUUAUUAAAUAAUCUAGAAGGGAUACGAACCAUUGCAAAUAUUUACGGUAUUGCCAAGUGUGUGCAUUUUGGUUAUGGAUUUUACGUGUUUCUGACCUAGCCAAGACAAAAUAUGCAUGCCAGUAGAAAUUCAAUCCAGUGAGAGACUCUCCGAAUAUGGCUGCUGAAUACCGGAAACAGGUGACGGCCCAGCAAGCAGAUCUUCCUGCACCGGUUGUCAGACCCCAGCACGGCACCUCUCGGCAGGUGUCCCCCGGGGAGGGCCGGCAGACGUGGAUCCACGGGACCCAUUCCUGGAUCAAAGCUAGCCUCCCAGAAGAGAGCCCCUGUCUCCUGACCGGAGUCUGCUUCAUUGGAGAUAACCUGAUCGUUUGUGAUAAUGAAAACAAGACCAUUAAAAGAUUUCACAUAGACGGAAAGUUUUUGGAAGAAGUGUUCUUGACCGACCCAUGUGGUAUCUGUAACUUGCCAAACUCCCACGACGUUGCAAUAACUGAGCCUGAAAUAACUCAAAUCACGGUAUGCUCACUAGACGAUGCUAUUUCAAUUACAUUUAGUUUAAAAACUGAAAAGAAAUACCAGUGUAUAUCUGCUCUUGAUGAUAAAUAUGUUGUGAGUUGUUGUGAUAUAGCGGAUCCCUGUGUUGACUUCUUGGACAGCAAUGGGACGAUUAUCAAGUCUAUAAAAAGUAAGAACGAAAAUUCCAAGCUUUUUAAAAACCCUGCAUCAGUGACUUGCUUAUCCUCUGAGAAAAUCCUCAUUAGUGACCCAGGGAGUUGCGCACUCAUAUGCGCAUCACUUGGUGGCGAAGUGAGAUUCAAACUGGAGACGCAGGGCCGACCUAGCGGGGUCAGCGUGGACAGCACGGGCGCCAUAUUUCUGGCCCACUAUGACCAAAACACCGUGUACCGCCUGUCGACCCGGGGUGCGGUGGAGAACGUUGUUGUUGACCAACGUUACAAGCUGAAGAGCCCGCUCGCCAUGAGUGUGUCAAACGGCCUCAUGGCCAUUACGGAGGAGACGCCCAGUGACAGAAUACUGCUAGUCAAGCUUACAGAAGUUCUGGAGAAGCAGAGUACGUGCAUCAGUUUGUCAAACCUGCAGUUCACCACCUGACCGCUUGCGUUGUUUUAAUACAUUUGUUCCUUGGGCAAAACACUUCAUUUUUGCAUUCUAUUCUAGUUAAGAAAUUUCAUAAUUGUCCAAAUAAAAUAUUUUGACAAGAGAA